AUGGACAUUCCAUUGACGAAAACACCCGAAUCAGGAUCAAAGUUAUUGGGGAGGGUACAAGGAAUUGACGGAAGAGCAUGGCACGAGAAACUCGUGCAAUUGAUGGCAAUGAACAUUGUGUUUUUCACCAAGAAGUAUAACGGGAGUACGUUGACGCUUUUGGGGCGGAACCCGAUGUCCGAUGAGGUGAGGGAGAUGCCAGUGGUAGGAGGGAGUGGGCUUUUUCGGUUUGCUAGAGGGUAUCUUCAGGCAAGUACGUAUAGUGUUGAUUUCCAAACACGGGAUAAUGUUAUUGAGUAUAUUGUUCAUGUUUUUCAUUAUUGA